UUAUUCGACCCUCAUCCGACCCAAUGACUUGGAUACAUUACCGGAUCUUUCUUAUAAAGGCAUUACAAGAGAAGACUUAGUCUCUGCCCCUCGCUUCUCUCAAGUUGCUGACACUAUCUACGAUAUCCUCCAUGGGCGAAUAUGGGCUGGACAUAAUAUUGAGGAAUUUGAUUGUGCUCGAAUUAAAGAGGCAUUUGAUGGAAUUAAUAAGCCAGCACCAGAAUAUAGGCACUUGAUUGAUUCAUGACAUCUGUUAACAGACUGGUUUGGAAAGAGAGCUGGUAACAUGAAGCAGUUGGAUAGUCUUGCAGCGUAUUUUGGAUUUGAAGAGCCAGUGCAUAGGAGUUUGGAUGACGUCCGGAUGAAUCUUAAAGUUGUCAAGCACUGUGGAGCAGUUUUAUUCUUGGAGUCUAUGUUUCCCAAAAUACUUCCUCAAACUUCAUGGAUUUCACCCGACGAAGUUUCUAUACCUUCUAUGUACGCGAUCCGCGCCUCAUUUUAUGAUGGAAACCCGAAAAUACGAGUUAUGCACCACGACAUUGAUUUGAAAUUGCAUUGUAGUCGCCUCAACGUGCAGUCUGAAAUCAGCAAGUUCGAUGAUGCUAGUAGUCGACUCACUUUCAUGGUGGACGCCUCUUCGCUUUUAUGUGAAAUUCUGAACGAAUGUGAUGUUCAUGCAGAGCAGAGGUACAAGCAUUGUGGUGGUAACUCGGAAUGGUUUCCUAUUGUUCGCAAAAAUCAAGUUCGAUUGCGCUUGAAGGGUAGAGGGGGAACACAGAUUGAAAGACAUCAAAAUGGAUCUUUCACCAACCAAAGAGUUGAGUACAAUAACUUUGACUUUGCAGAAUUAGAGAGAUUGAUCAGUUCCGGGAACUUUGUGGAUGCAUAUUUCUCUUUGGACACCUUUGAUUAUAUGAAGAAAGCAGGAAUCGGCUUAGUGACCGAUAAGUUGAUUAUACAUCAAGUACUUCCUAACGUAUUAUUCUGAGCUUAAACGGAAAAGUAUGGUAAGUUAAAAUUCAUAUAGGCGACCUCAAUUUGUUUGGUAUUGAGGCGUUGUUGUUGUUAUUAUUGUUCCCUACCAUAUUCUUAUGAGCCUAAACGGAAAAACAUGAUCAACAAGGAUUCUCAUAGGCGACCUCAAUUUGUUUGGAA